AUGCCGAACUACCUGGGCGUGGAGCAGGGGCUUCAGCCGGGGAGUUUUGACUUCCACUUCCAGGGGACUCCACAGGCUGCGGUCAAGAACGUCAAGAUGGCGGCCAGGAGGAAGUGUCUGCGGCUGAACCCCGAUGUCCCCAUCUGGACCUCCAAGCAGCGCAUCCUCUGCACCUUGAACCACAGCCUGAAGGACGUGCUCAACUACGGCCUCUUCCAACCAGCCUUCAACGGCCGGGCGGGGAAGUUCCUGGACGAAGAGCGCCUGCUGAGGGAAUACCCCCUGAAUCCAGACACCCCGGUCCCUUACCUGGAGUUCCGCUACAAGAGGCGAGUCUACUCCCAGACCCUGCUGGACGACAAGCAGUUUGCCAAGCUGCACACGAAGGCAAAUCUGAAGAAGUUUAUGGACUAUGUGCAGACCCUGAAUGUGGAGAAGAUCAGCAGAUUGCUGGAGAAGGGCCUGGACCCCAACUUCCACGACCCGGACACUGGAGAAUGCCCCCUGACCAUGGGU